AUGGAGAAUGUACCUAACUGUAUCAUUUGUGUCACAGAGAUUCUAUGUCCUGCGUUAACGGAUCCGACAGAUGGCACUGUUGUUUUAAGUUCCGGUAGAUCUGUCAAUGAUGAGGCUUUUUACAGUUGUAAUCCAGGGUUUGUAAAAACUGGGGGUAAUCUCACUCGAACCUGUUUAGACAUUGGAUAUUGGAGCGGUAGUGCUGCAACAUGUUCAGAAAUAUUGUGCCCAGAUACUUUUUCUCCUUUGAAUGCCAUUGUGGUGGAAGUAAACAAUGGAGUAAAUGGAACCAUACAAUACAGCUGUUUAUCUGGCUUCCAUAAUUCCGCGGGAAACCUGAGCAGAACUUGCAUGUUGGAUGGUGUUUGGAGCGGGGAUCCCCCAGUAUGUUCAGAAAUUUUCUGUCCAUCACUGAUUCCUCCUCAACAUGGAGGUCUCAUCCAGAACACCUCUGUAGGUGGAACAGCUUACUGCUACUGCAAUCCCGGGUUUCAGUUAUCUGGUGGAGAUUCAAAUCUUACAUGUCUGGACAAUGGAACUUGGGAUGGAGACCCUGUAAUUUGCUCUGAAAUAUUAUGUCCAGUAAUAGAAAAUCCAGAAAAUGGCAUCGUUACAUUGUCGAACAACAUCUCCAUGACGAAUAUUGGGAUGUCAGGUGUUCCCUUUAACACUAUCGCUACAUUCUCCUGUAACCCCGGGUACUAUAUAGCGGCGUCUGUAUCUAUCUUCAAACGCAUCUGUCUCGUAAAUGGAAGUUGGGAUGGGGCACCAUUCAGCUGCUCAGAAAUCCUGUGUCCAGAACUUGAUGAGGCACCAAAUAGCACAAUUACACACAUAAACCGAUCUAUAAAUGGAACAGUGCGCUAUAAAUGCAACAAAGGGUAUAUUCUAGCAAACGGCAGUCUUCAGCGAAAAUGUACUUCUUAUGGAGAAUGGGAUGGAAAACCUCCAAAUUGUACAGCUUUAGGACAGUGCAUGUGUCCCUGUAAUAUGGUGCAUGAGCCAAAGUAUACAAACACUAGUGACAAAGCACUGAUCAGAGAGAUCGAGAAGAUGCGAGAAGAACUUCUUGUUCUAGAAACUGCGGCUGCUCUGAGAAAAAAGAUAUCUGUGAAAGAUUUUCGUCCUUCUACCAAUGCUUCUGGGAGUGUUUGGGUGAUACUUCUGUUAAUUAUGGCUGCUUUAAUAAUUGUUCCUGAUGUAUUAUCAGCUCUUAGACAUGUAAAAAUUGUGUGUACAAGACGUCUUAUUUCUAGAGAAAUAAAAUAA